AAAGAUUUCCACAUGAACGAUGAACAAACUUCGAAAAUUUUGGGCGGUUCGAAAUAUGACCAAUCAAAAUUCACCUGGAAACAAAAUGGCAGCGCCCUGGGUCUGGCAUGCAAAUUUAGAUUUUUUACGUUUAUUUAGACAAUGUUGGAGAGUGCAGCGUUGCGUCUCACAUGGAAUGGUUGCAGAAUUAUCAAACAGUGGCAGGUUGCUUCAUGCGAGCUCAUCCCUUAGGAAAUCUGGCCACAAGUCUUCUAAUAUAACAAAAGGUAGGCUUUCAGGCUUUCAAGCUCGUCAAGAUCACCUUAGGAGACAGGCAAGAUGUAGCAUUCUGGUUCAAGUUCCCAGCAAAACAAAGUGCAGUUCAAUCUUGCAGUACUGUGAAAAGCGUGCCGGAAAAAUUGUCAAGGCUUACCAUUUCAGUAAUUCUAAGGAUUACACUUUGAUCGAGUUUGCUGAUGAAUCUUCAGUUAAAAACAUUACUAAACAUGCUAGAUUCUUCAUGCCAAAUAAAAGAGGAAACCAAUACUACGGGACCCAAUAUGGAAGUAUACCAGUUCAGACUCGAUUGAUGUUCUACAGUGGAGUGGAGCUAGAAAAAUCAGUAGCAGGAUGGACGACUUCAAAAUAUUCAGUGCCAUUUGAGUCAGAAACACCUCCACACAAUCUCAUUCAAACAUUGCAAGGAGCAAAAAAUAUAUCUCAGCAGAUGUCGAUGCUAUACAAACAAGAGAGGCUCACAGAACUAGGAAUGCGACUGCGCUUUCUACACUGCACCAUACUGGAGGAUCUCCUCACUAGCAUCUUCCCAUAUGUAAAGAUAAAUCCAUUUGGAUCAUGUGUGAAUGGAUUUGGACAAAGAUUGUGUGAUCUGGACAUGCAUAUGGAUAUACAGCCUGAGGAGGUCACAGCCAGCGAAGCAUUGAAUUUCCUCACCAAGAAACUGCCAGAAAAUGAAAGAAUAUUCACGCAACACAUAUUAAACUUUCUGGCUGAUAUCAUCCAAAUGUUUGUGCCUCAUUCUGCCAAUGUUCUUCGUAUAACACAUGCCAGUGUGCCAAUUAUUAAGUUCUACUCUAGAGCGCUAGACAUUGACUGUGACCUGUCCAUGGGAAAUAGAUCUGGGCUGUAUAUGUCAGAGUUGUUGUGGUUCCUUGGGGAGAUCGACCCCAGAGUUCAGCCCUUAGUCUUCACAAUACGCAGCUGGGCCAAGGAACAGUGCCUCACCCAAAAGCAGGCUCCAGGACGUAAACCUACUAAUUUUACAUGGACGAUGCUAGUAAUAUAUUUUCUGCAAGCUAAGCAAGUUCUGCCAUCUAUUGAAAUACUGGCAAGUCUUGCAGGUCCGGGAGAGAGAAAGACCAUUGAUGGGUAUGACCGUUCAUUUUCCACAGACAUACACAAAUACAAACAACUUAACCUAAAAACAAUGAAUGUUGCAUCAGUAGAAGAACUGCUCAUACAAUUUAUGGAAUUUUAUGCUAAAUAUGACUUUAGCAGUCAAGCACUGUCACUCAGAACAGGGACCAGCUACACUAAGGAAUCAAUGUCACCUAUGUACAUAGAAAACCCAUUUGAACCAGAUAGGAAUGUUAGCAAAAAUGUUUCAAUGGAGGAAAUAGUGCAUAUUCAAAAAGCCUGUGCUAAAUCUGUGCCGGACUUAAAAAACAGCUAUAAGUUGAAAAAAUUAGACCAACGAUGGGGACUCAUAAAUCUGUUGUCUUCUCAAUCUCAUCCACCGUUGGAUAUCAGAUUCAAAGUGCAAGAUUUACUUACAGAGGACUUUGAUUCAGAAGAUGGGAAUGUCACCUCAGAAAGUGAAAAACCUAGUCAUUCAAAGCUUGAAAGUGACCCACAAGCCAAUGAGUACUCUUUAGAUGAAAAUAAAGACAAUUUAGAUCAUUCUGUUGAAGACAGUAGGAAAGGUACCAUAAAAUCAUAGCUAUGUAUUCAGUAUAGGAAAUGACCGGAUACCAGAGAAUACUUAUUUUGAGUAGCAAGUUGCUUGUUCUCGUAAGUAAAGAUUUUAGUGCGACAUUUGUUUCAUAGAAGAAUUAAAGGAUGGACAAUGUGUUACAUAUACAUGUACAGUGUACAGUACUGUAUCUGUCUUGUUUUAAGUCUGUCAUUUGUUAUACGAACCAACACAAUCUGGCUGUUAUUUAUUAAAAUUACAAGUUCAAAUCUGACUUUAGAUUUGAGAUAUGACCUCCAAUGGCCUUUUUCUAGGUAAAAAAGGUCAAAAGGUCUUAUUCAACUUGCUUCAAAUUGACAAAUUAUUUUUUCAAAAUCAGUACACACUCUAAGAAAUUCAAAUCUGACUCUCUCAAGGUCAAAAAAUGUAUUUUUCAACUAGCUUCAAAUUGACUAGUUUUUUCUCCAAGAUUAGCUAAGUUAUCAGAAGUUCAGAUCUGAUUUGAACUUAUGAUAUUGUGAGCAACUUGGUGGUGACAUUUUGUCAUGCUAAUACCUUGUAUUAUGUUAUUGGAUGGAGGUUUUUAAUUGUGAAAACACGUCCAUCCUUCUUCAAAGGACUUCAUUUAUGCUCACAUUCAUAUGGAAAGAAGUGAAAUACCCUUGGACCAAGGAUGGAACACGUCCAUUGUUAUUGUUAAAUAUUUAUACAACUAUCACUACAUUGCAAUAAAUAUAGUUAAUUCAAAAAUU